AGUUAAUAUCAAAAUUCCCGCCAUAAUUUUCCACGGUCAGCAAAAAACUGUUUACAUACCAACAUUGUUAGAAAAUGGGUGAUCAUCACGAUCUUGGAUACAAAGCGGAGUACGCUAAAAGUAGUCGAGCAUCUUGUAAGGGAUGUAAGGGAAAUAUAACACAGGAUUCUCUAAGGCUUGCCAUUAUGGUUCAGUCCCCAAUGUUUGAUGGAAAAAUCCCUAACUGGUUUCACUAUGCAUGUUUCUGGAAAAGGGCCAGAAAGGUAACAACUGAAGACAUAUAUGGUUUUGACAGCCUAAGAUGGGAAGACCAGCAAAAGAUUAAAGAAAAAGUUGCAGGGUCAGGAGGAGGUGAUGGGGACGCUGGGGAAGGUUCAUCAUCUUCAGCCAGUCAAGACUUUAAUACUGAUUAUGCAAAAUCUAGCCAGUCUGUAUGCAGGGGAUGUGAGGAUAAAAUUAAAAAGGGUGAACUUCGCAUUUCAAGAAAAGAUUAUGAAAGUGUGCGAGCCAAGAUGUAUGGACCCUGUGACCUUUGGCACCAUGUUGACUGUUUUAUAGAGAAAAGAGAUGAAUUAGACUUUGGGACUGACAUGAAUCCUGAUAAAAUAAAGGGCUUUUCAAACUUGAAGAAAGAAGACCAAGAAUUGCUGAUAGAAAAACUAGGGAAAGGAAGCAGUGGUAAGAAAAGGAAGGGUGACACGAGUAAAGGUGCAGGUGGUAAGAAGAAGAAACAGGAAGAAACCGAGGAAGAAAAGGCACUUAGGGAACAAAGUCAGUUACUAUGGAAAUUCAGAGAUGAUCUAAAGAAAGAUGUAGAAAACAGUGCCAUGAAAUUGCUGCUGGAACUGAAUGGUCAGGCUAUUCCUGCUGGAGAAAGCAAGUUGUUGGACAGAGUGGCUGAUUGUAUGGUAUUUGGUGCAUUAGAAAAAUGUCCAGAAUGUAAAGAUGGCCAGCUUGUUUACUCGGCUGACGGCUAUCAUUGUACAGGUAACAUGACAGAGUGGACAAAGUGUAUGUACAAAACUAAAACACCAAAGAGGAAGGCUUUCAAAGUUCCUAAAGAAUAUCAUGAUGUGGAGUGUUUGAAAACAUACAAGUAUGUAAAACGCGAGAGAGUAUUUCCUGCGGUCACUGUGAGAACAACUGAAGGACCUGUUAGUUCAUCAAUGGAUAGUGCAGAUGGAGCGGUGAAUUUUCAUCCAUUGGAAGGGAUGAAGUUUGUAGUGUCAGGCAAGUUUACCAAGACAAAAGCAGAAGUAAGCAAGACUGUAACCAAACUUGGAGGCACUGUUGUAACCAGAUGUGAUGACAAAGUUGCAGCUGUCAUAAGUACUACAGAUGAGGUGCAUAAAAAGACCAAAUCAAUAAAGGAAGCAGAGAAGGCUGAUGUACAUGUUGUAGAUGAAGAUUUUCUCACCAAGGUGGAGAAAGGGGGCGCAGCCUUGUUGAUCACCUCACACAGUAUCGCACCCUGGGGAUCUGAUGCAGAAAAGAGGAUAUCACAAGGUUCAGUUUCCAAGAGUGUAGGGAAAAGUGUGGGCAAAUUUUCCAAGAGAGAUGAGGCUCAUUUUACAAAGAAUCUGCCAGACAAGUUAAAGAUGACUGUGAAAGGUGGCGCUGCUGUUGAUCCUGACUCUGGUCUAGAGAGCACAGCACAUGUAGUUGAGGAGAAAGGUUCCAUCUAUAAUGCUGUAUUAGGAUUGGUUGAUGUCGUCAGGGGAACUAACUCUUACUAUAAGUUACAAGCAUUGGAAGGAGAUGGCAAAAACACAUGGUGGGUAUUUCGGGCAUGGGGGAGAGUGGGUACCACUGUGGGAGGCAACAAGGUAGAGAGAUGUGGUUCCAGAAAUUCUGCCAUUUCUAGCUUUAAAGCUUUCUACCUGGAGAAAACAAACAAUGCAUGGGAAGAUAGGGCCAAUUUCAAGAAGUUUCCAAACAAGUUUUAUCCAUUGGACAUCGACUAUGGCCAAGAUAGUGAAGGGGAUAUAAAACAGAUCAGCUCCAAAGAUUCUAAAUCGAAGCUUCCCAAGUCGGUGAAAGAUCUUGUUUGUAUGAUAUUUGAUGUUGAAAGUAUGAAAAAAGCCAUGUUAGAAUUUGAGAUAGAUUUAAAGAAGAUGCCACUAGGUAAACUGUCAAAGAAACAGAUCCAGACUGCCUACUCGGUCUUAACAGAACUUCUUAAUUUGACAGAGAAAGGAGGUUCAGCUACACAGAUACUGGAUGCUAGCAACAGGUUUUACACAUUGAUACCUCAUGACUUUGGUAUGAAGAAACCUCCAAUGUUAGAUACAAAAGAGAUCAUUAAAUCUAAAACAGAAAUGUUGGACAAUCUACUAGAAAUAGAGGUAGCAUACAGUAUGUUAAAGGGAGGUGAUCAGGGAGAAGAUCCAAUAGAUGCCCACUAUAAACAGCUUAAAACUGAAAUUGUUCCUCUACCAAAGGAAGAUGAGGAAUUUAAAAGAUUGGUACAGUAUGUGAGAAACACACAUGCAGCCACACACAACAUGUAUGAACUGGAAGUUGAAGAGAUCUGGAAGAUUAAGAGAGAAGGAGAAUACAGCAGGUAUAAACCAUUCAGAGAUCUACACAACCGUAAACUAUUGUGGCACGGCUCCAGAGUAACCAAUUUUGGUGGUAUAUUGUCUCAAGGUUUAAGGAUAGCUCCACCAGAAGCUCCAGUGACUGGAUACAUGUUUGGUAAAGGUGUUUAUUUUGCUGAUAUGGUUUCCAAGAGUGCCAAUUAUUGUAGAACAUCCAAGCAGGAUCCUAAAGGUUUAAUGAUGUUGUGUGAGGUUGCCCUUGGUAACAUGCAUGAGUGUACACGUGCCGAGUAUGUCAACAAAUUACCUAAAGGAAAACACAGCUGUAAAGGUCUUGGAAUGACUAUGCCUGACCCUAAAGAGUCUUACAUGACCCCAGAUGGUGUAGAAAUUCCUUUGGGUCAGUCAACAAAAGCACCUGUUGGAUAUUCCAGUUUAUUAUAUAACGAAUUUAUUGUAUAUGAUGUUGCACAGAUUAACAUGAAGUACUUACUGAAGAUGGAUUUCAAGUACAAGUGGUAACCAUGGCAACGUGUUGCUGGCAGCUUCACAUAGAGCAUGUGAUGUAAAUAAAAACUGACAGCUGAACAAAAAAAAACUGACUAUAAAACCAUAUACUAGUGUAGAAGUUUUCAUUAGAACUGACGUUUUUCAAUUGUUACUUAUAUAGAUUUUGUUGUUGUAAAAGUAGAAAGGCCAAAAGACAUGUAUUGGAAAAUUGAAGAUAAGAACAUUGUUGACAACUUGACCGGUGAAAGAUUUUUGAUGGGCUGUAAUAAUGGCAUGUUGACUUCAUAUCUAUUUUUAUUUCUUCAUAAGGUUGUUUUUAGUAAAUGUGUGUUAAGCAUUGGUGUUUGUGUAAGUAAAUGCAGGCAUUUCUAGAACAUAUAAAGCUUCAUGUAUAGUAUAUAUAUUAGUAUUUACCUGUUUAUUGUGGUCAUUGUGACAGUAAUAUGCACAUACUUGUUUACUUAUUCAUGUUUUGUUUAACAUUAUAGUAAACAUUUACAUGUAGUCAGUCUUUACUAUUAAUUUUAAUACAAAAAAAAGUUGUUUUGUCAUCUUUUCUCUUCACCGCCAUUUUAUUUUUCCAUAUAAAAACACAUUUAGAUACUUGCAGCUAUUAUUAUUGUCAUAAACAUUGUAUUAUUACUGUAUUUUUUUUGUUUAUUUUUCUCAUGAAUGCAUGGCAUGCAGUAAGAAUGAUUUUUGUUUAUUUAGAGGU